CUUCCCAAUGGGACAGUCGAUGCAAAGUUGCAAACAGCACACUCACUAUAAUAAGGGCAGCUCGAAACUGAGCAAAAGCAGAGCAACCUCAAAAGAAGAAGGAAAGAGUGAAGUUCAAGUCUCCUCAGAUUCACCAGUCCUCUCCACCUCUCUGCCUUUAAGCUUUCCUCUUCAAUCAAUCUGCUUCGGCAAUAUCCCUUCUUCCUCUCAGUCCUCUUCGCUUCUGACCAGAGAAUGCUCAUCAAAGCUUAGCUUAAAGUGCUGAACUUGACGACAUAUACGUAUCUCCUCGUCCAUGGAGUUCGACCUUGAGAACCCGCUCACAAACUUGGAUCGCGGGGACAGCCUCUGCCCCGACGCGGCGUCUCUUUUCCGGGUUGAAUCCGAUCACAUGCUGUCGGAGACGUACCUGAAGAGUCUCAAACUCGGAGACUCCGAUUUCGUCGUCCGACGGGAGACCAUUUUCUCAAUCUCAGAGCUUUGUUGUAAUUAUGAUCCGUUCUUGUCGUACCUCGCCGUUAAUUACCUCGAUCGGUUCUUGUCGAGCCAAGGAUUGAAGAAACCCCAACCGUGGGUGUUUCGACUUCUGGCAGUCUCCUGCCUGUCUCUUGCCGCAAAGAUGCAGAAAACAGACUUCUCCCUCCCCGAUUUUCAGGCGGAGGGUGGGUUGAUAUUCGAUGUGCAGACGGUUCAGAGGAUGGAGAUGUUGAUAUUGGGAGCUCUGAAAUGGAGGAUGCGAUCAAUCACACCCUUCUCCUUUCUCUCCUUCUUCAUCCCCCUGUUCAAGCCCGAGGACCCGGCAUCGAGGCAGGCCCUCAAAGCUCGAGCCUCCGAGAUCAUCUUCAAAGCUCAAAAUGUUAAGAACCCGAGAUUGAGAUUCCUACCACUCCUGGCUGCAGAUGCAACGCUGCUCGAGUUCAAGCCGUCGGAUAUUGCAGCAUCGGCUCUACUCUCCGCCGCUCACGAUCUCUUCCCAUUUCAGUUACCGUGUUUCCGGAGGUCGAUCUUCAGCUGCUCAUUUGUAAAUAAGGAUGGUAUCUCGGGGUGCUAUAAUGCGAUCCAAGAGGCUGCGGCAGUGGAGGGACACGAAUCGAUAGUUGACGUGCUGUCGAGCUCGGACACACCCAUCAAUGUGCUUGACCUGCAGCUCUCCGCCUCGGAGAGCGGGGCAACCACCGGGGGCAGUGGUGGUGGUAGCGGUACUACGUCCCCAGCCAGAGGAGGCACCGUCAGAUCGGAGAGGCUCCUGAAGAGGAGGCGGAUGGGGGAGUCGAUGAGCAAUCAGACGGUCCAGAUCACUCAGUUCUGAUGUGGUCGAUAGGACAACUUAGUACAGCAGCAGUGGUGGUGGUGUUGCAGUUAAUCCUAGCUAUGUGCAGAAAGGAAGGAAAGGUGGGGAUGGAUGGGGAGAGAAAGAGAGAGAGAGAGUGGAGUGAUGUUUCAAUUCAAUAGACAAAAUCACUGUUACAGGAUCUCAGUACGGUGUUCCCCAUUAA